UAACUUUCUUAACCAAAAAGAAGGCUGCCGGGUUUUUCUCCUGCUAAAGUGUUGGAUUUUGGUGCUGGCACGGGUUCGGCUUUCUGGGCACUACGAGAAGUCUGGCCGAAUUCCUUGGAGAAAGUUAACUUAGUAGAGCCAUCACAAUCAAUGCAGCGUGCAGGCCAGAGCCUUAUACAAGGUCAAAAGAACUUGCCACUUAUUCACAGUUAUGGUACCCUCCAAUCCUUGACUAAAAACAUCAAGAAAUCAGAGAGAGAACAUGACCUUGUAAUUGCUUCCUAUGUGCUUGGAGAGAUACCAUCGCUGAAGGAUCGGAUUACUGUAGUACGCCAACUUUGGGAUCUUACGCGGGAUGUCCUGAUUUUGAUAGAACCGGGAACACCACAAGGAUCAAAUAUCAUAUCUCAGAUGCGAUCACAUAUAUUAUGGAUGGAGAAAAGGAAAUGCCGUAAAUCCAAGGCUGCAAUUGAUGAAACUUCCAAGGACUUGGUAGUGGCUCAAAAAAGUGGUGCCUAUAUAGUUGCUCCUUGCUCUCAUGAUGGGGUUAAAAAAAAAUAGAGUAAGAGACACAUU